AUGGAAGUUGAAAGUGGUCCGUGUGAAAUGUUCAACGGACCUUGGAACUUAAAAGCAACUUAAAGCAAGUGCAGUGCUAGCGCUCAUGUGCGCCCUAAAAACUCCACUAAGAGUGACCCCCAAGCUAGGUACUACCGAACCAGGGCAAAUUUCAACGUCAUAUCCAACCUCCAAUUGCCAUUGAAACUCUAUCUUCUUUUAACUACCCUACUAUGUAACCUAGUGCUUUCUCUUCUUCAAUUAGCAAACAAGCAAGCAAACAAUACGCUACAACUUCAAGAUUACAAGCCACAAAUGUCUUCACGGUUCAGCGCCGCGCGCCCAAAGCGUGCGGGCGAGAAUUAUGCGCGAACCCACCAUACAGAGCCCAACUCCAAGAAAGUCAAAUUCGACGUGAGGAAUCCAUCCGCCCUCGCAGCCGACGCAGAUGACGACGACGAAGACGAAAACGAUGUAUUUCUAGAAGCCGACGCAGACGUGAUUCGUGGCAGCGCCGCAACGAAGCGUAGAGCUGUCAACAUUGACGGCUACGACUCGGAUUCCGAUCGCGAAGAAUUCGGUAGUCUGCACGGCAAUAAAGCGAAACCUAAAAAGGAUGACGAGGAUAUGGAUGAUAUGUUUGCGGAGGUAGACGAUGACGACGAGAAGGACGAUACAGCAGACGGCACUACGGGGAAGAAGGCCAAGGAGGUCAGAUUCCUUGACGCGGCGGAGAUCGAGGGCCAAGAAGCAGUAUCCAAAUCCGGUGGGCGCGUUCACUUGGACGAGGAAUCAUCCGAAGAGGAAGACGAGGAGGUAAUAGAGCUCGCAAUCCAAGAAGAAGGCAUCGACGAAGAAGUUGGUGCCGGAGGACUCAAGAAGCACGCUCCCAAGGUCGAGGCUUUCAAUCUCAGAGCCGAGCAGGAGGAAGGACGGUUCGACGAAGCCGGAAACUUUGUCCGCAAGGCUGUGGACCCCAAUGCCGUUCACGACCGAUGGCUAGAAGGCGUCAGCAAAAAGGACAUGAAGAAAGCAGCCGAGGCCCACGAAAAGCGCGAAGCCGAUCUGCGACAGAAGCGCAAAGAGGAAGACAGCAUGUUGACCUCCGAGCUACUCAAGUCCCUCAUCUUACACCUAGAGCGCGGCGAGACGGCCCUGGAGGCUCUCGCGCGACUAGGCCGAGGGCAAACGAAAACGAAGAAAGUGCCAAAGUGGAAGCAGAAGAAGCAGAAGCCGGAGUCCAUGGACGUGGACGCCGUGAAAGCCCCCGAAGACCCGGAGCAGAGUCGCAUCAAGGAGGCCAUCAAUGCGAUCACCGAGGCGGCAGACAUACUGCUGGGAAGAGAUCGGCCGGAUAUAUACGACCGGGAAAGAGAACGUCUAAUAAGAGAGUACACCCGCGAAGCAGAUGAGCCGUGGGUGGAGCCGCAGAAUAAGCCCGCUACGGCCGCCAUUAACAAGACGUGGGAGUUCCGGUGGACAGACGGCAGGGACAAUGCGGAUAAGCAAGGGCCGUUCGACGGGCCGACCAUGAAAGCCUGGCAGGAUGCCGGCUACUUUGGCGAGGGCGUCGAGUUCAAGGAAGCUGGCGACGAUAGUUGGACGCGGGUUGCCAACUUUGUAUGAUUACCUAUCAAGAUCUUUUUAGCCGCAAGGAGCGAUAUCAUUCGGUCAUAUUAAUGAUGACAUCUGAGUACGAUGUACUGCUAUUGUGGCUCUAUAUUGUGCUGUUCCAUCUGCGAACCUACAAUACCCCCCCUUUUUUUUUGAAGUGUACAAUCCAGCAGCAGAAGACGAGAAGUAUAGUAAUUCGAGCCAUCAACACAAAAGUUAGGCUCAAAGUGUAACAAGACAUCAUAUUCAAGUUCGAUUAUGUGCUAUGUAGAUACGCUAAUUUGCAAAUAACAUUAUAC